AUGGACAGUCAGGUGCGGCGCUUGCAGGGCGAGGUGGCCUUCCUGGAAAAUCGAGUCCUAGAGCAGCAGGCGGCGCUAGAGGUUGGUGCCAAGAAAGCCGAGCUGACCUUGCGUGCCGAGCUUGACGUGAAAAGCCAUGAGGUUCUCACUCUGCGGCGGACGAUGGAAGCUCGGGAAAAUGAGGUCCGUAGGUACCAGCAAGAGUUGGAAGCGAUCAUUGCUGAGCUUUCAGUGCUUCGCGGUAGCUGA